CUAUGUGGUGACGCUGGCGCCAGCCGGGUGGGCGGCGGACAGGUUCAAUUCGAAGAACUUGUUGUCGGCCUCGCUCAUCCUCUCCGGUAUCUUCACCAUGCUCACAGAGGUGGCUGCAGACACUGGCGGUGUGGUGCUCGUCUGUGCAUUCAGAGUAGCUACGGGUCUCUCUCAGGCGAUCAGCUGGGCACAGUAAUAGCAAUGAUGACAUCAGGAGCAAUAGCUCAGAGCGCCGUUGGGUGGCCAUUUAUCUUCUACUUCUUUGGUGGACUUUCCAUCAUUUGUGGAGCGAUCUUAUUCUGGUUUGGAGAGAAUACCCCAUCUCAACACAAGUAUAUUUCUAGAGCAGAACUUACUUUUAUUGAAGAAUCUUGCAAGGACGUCUCACGUGAACAAGAGAAAUUUCCAACGCCGUGGGUAUCGAUUUUCACAUCACUGCCCGUAUUUUCUCUCGUAGUAGUUACUAUGACUCAGAACUGGGGAUUCUUCACGCUCCUGACAGAGACGCCAACGUAUUUAAGUAACGUUCUUGGAUUUGACAUUGAAUCUAACGGAUUACUUUCUGCACUGCCGUACGUCGCUAAUAUUGUCCUGAGUCUUGCGUCCAGCUGGAUCGUCAACAGCGUAGAGAAGAAGCAAAUCCUCAGCAGGGGGGCCUUAAGGAAAGUGGUCAACUCCAUUGCUUCCUGGCUCCCAGCCGCGGCUUUGGUAGCUCUCAGCUUCAUCCCAGUAGAGGACCCAACGGCAGCUGUGAUAUUGCUGACUGUCGCCAUCGGUUUCAAUGGACUCACCAUCAUGGGUUUGAUGAUGAACCUUAUAGACAUCGCACCGAACUUCUCUGGCCUGAUGAUGGGUGUUACUGACUGUAUCGGGACACUGACGUCCAUCGCUGCACCACUUUAUGUGGGUGCUAUAGUCAAGGAGAACACCAUUCAAGAGUGGAGAAUUGUGUUCCUCACGGCAGCAGGAAUGUUGUUUGUGGGCAAUCUGAUUUUCGUUAUUUUCGCUAAAGGCGAAGUUCAACCUUGGAACGACCGUAACUAUUCGAGAGGAAAGAAAACAGAAACUACAGAAAAGGUUGCUGUGUGAGCCAGUUCAAAUGAUGCCAGUAGUCGCAUGAAGUAUAGUGAGAGAUACAGAUCACUUCGUCACAUAUGUCUAAAAC